UAGGGUCGUAAGUUCUGUGGGUCGUAAGUUCUGCUGACGAGAGACCAACGAGCUGCUCGCUUCUCUAGCAACGAGCCGCGCGCGUGCGCGUGUGCGCGGGCGCGCGUGUCUGUGAACGCUGUGUCGAUAAAGUUGAUUCAAAGCGUCUCCGCUGCAUCGAUGGCGGCCCCCGCGGCGUGGAGGAGGCUGCUGUCCUCCGCGGGCUCACCGGCCGCCACCGGCGCGUUCACACGGCUCUCUGACCGGCUCCUACGCGCACGCGACCGGAGAGCAGGGUCCUCGGUGCUGCUGCUCGCCCCCCUCCUGGCCGAGGCGGACCCCCCCCGACAUGUCCCCAGGCCCCCCGGCCCGACCGGAGCUCCGGGCCCGGACGGCCUGUGUGGCUUCCAGUGGAUGGCGGAACACGUCCCGGCCUUCCGUGUGCCGGGCAGACGCGUCCACGUCCUCACGUCGCCAGACCACUUCUACCAGACCAUGAAGGCGCGGAUCAAGACCGCGAGGAGGCGGGUGGUGAUGGCCUCAUUGUAUCUAGGAACCGGCCAACUGGAGCAGGAGCUGGUGGACUGCAUGGAGGAGGCUCUGCUGCGCUCACAGGAGAACCUGAAGGUCUCCAUCCUGCUGGACUACACUCGCGGCUCACGAGGGCGGACCAACUCCAGGACCAUGCUGCUGCCGUUGUUGCGGCGCUUCUUCUCCCAGAUGAGGGUGUCUCUGUACCACACCCCGGACCUGAGGGGCCUGCUGAGGCUGCUGGUGCCGCAGCGCUUCAACGAGACCAUCGGAGUCCAGCACAUCAAGGUCUACCUGUUUGAUGACAGCAUCAUCAUCAGCGGGGCCAACCUGAGCGACUCGUACUUCACCAACAGGCAGGACCGCUACGUCCUGCUGGAGAACUGCAGCGAGGUCGCCGACUUCUUCUCGGACCUGGUGGACGCCGUGGGAGACGUUUCCCUGCAGCUGCAGCCCGACGACUCGGUCACCACGAUGGAGGGCGCGGUGCACCCCUACCACGGCGACAGGCAGGCGUUCUCCGCGGCGGCGAGGAAGCGGAUCAUGGAGGUGGUGAACCGGGCCCACGUGAGGCAGCAGCUGCUGGAGGGGGGGGCCGACGACGACACCGUGGUGUUCCCGCUGGUCCAGAUGAAGCCUCUGGGGAUCCAGAUCGACGAGCAGGUCACUCAGCGGCUGCUGACGGACGCCGGGCCGGACGCCGCCGUCUUUCUGACGUCGGGUUACUUCAACCUGACGCAGCCGUACAUGCGCAUGGUGCUCGGCGCCGGCGCCGGCGCCAGAUUCCGCAUCCUCACCGCCGCGCCCGAGGUCAACGGCUUCUUCGGGGCCAAGGGCGUCGCCGGAGCCAUCCCCGCCGCCUACACCCUCAUCGCCAGGCAGUUCUACGGCCAGGUGUGUCUUCAGGGGCAGCAGGGGAGGGUCCACCUGCACGAGUACCACAGGUCGCAGUGGACCUUCCACGCCAAAGGUCUGUGGUAUUACCUCCAGGGGCAGGAUCGGCCUUGCCUCACUCUGAUCGGCUCCCCGAACUUCGGUUACCGCUCGGUGCACCGUGACCUGGAGGCCCAGGUCGCCAUAGUUACGGAGAACGCGGCGCUGCAGAUCCAGCUGCAGGAGGAGCAGCAGGCUUUGUACCAGCAGGCCAGCGAGGUUUCCGUCGCCACCUUCGAGCGGCCGGAGCGCCGCGUCAAGCUGUGGGUGAAGCUGCUCACUCCCCUCAUCAAGAACUUCUUCUGAGACGCCACCAGGAAGGAGAAGUCUGCGGUGUUCUUGGGGUCAAAGGUCAUUCGUCCUCUGCAGACGGGACGCUUCCUCCUCAGUGGGUCCACGAAGUGACAAACACUCAAGUGGAGAAGAUGCGCUUUUUUUGGUUUGUUUUGCGCUCAUCUGUCGUAACUCUUGAGUUGUGGAACUGCCGACAUUGUUCAUCUCCCAGUCGAUGUGAUGGUGACCAGGUGGCUGCGUUGAAGGGUCACGACCCCUAAGGCCUCAAUAGUCUGUUAUCUUUGUACAUUGAAGGCGACGAGGUGGUGAGUUUUUACACUAACUUCUAAUGUUUGAACCUUUUUUGGUGCAGUAACAGAUUUUAAAUAUUGUUCCAAAUCGCUUAAAAUCCUCCAAGCAAUAAAAUAAAACUACUCAAAAGUGGUUCAACAUUUUCAAAGCAUCACAAUAAGUUAUUUUCCAGUGUUUGUUUGAAAUGAAAACCAGUUAAAUGUUGGUUUGAAAACUUUUAAU